AUGUACAGUUAUUUUAACAACAGUAGUAAAGGAAGAGAUAAGAUAAUUAGUAACAAAGUUAUAUGUGUACAUUAUAGAGAAAGAAAGAGAGAGGAGAGAGAGACUAUGGAUCCUUCUUACAAAACUUAUAUUGGUAUUGAUGAAGAAGAUCUAGAAGAACAACUCAAUAAUAAUCAGAAUACUAAUCAGAAUAAUAAUAAUGAUACGAGGACAAGAAGACUUGGUACUAUCAAAGGUGAAUAUGAUAGUGAUGAAGAGAAUGAAUAUCUAGAGAAUGAACGAUUACAAUAUGAACAAUCAUUACUACUCAAAGAGGUUCAAUUAGAAGAGGAAAAGGAAAAGGAGCAAGAAGAAGAAAUUAAAUUAUCUAAUCAUAAAAAGAAUAUAUCAAGAAAGGGUACUAGUCCUAGUAUUAGUAAUAAUUCACCUAUCAUAUCUCCUAAAUUGAUAUCAACUACAUCUACAUCUACAACAACUACUUCAACAUCGACAUCAUCUACAUCAACUACAACUAACAACAAUAAUAAUAACUAUAACUUUAAUAAUAAUAACGAAGAUUCUUCACAACAACCAGAAAACAUUGCAAUUAAUAUAAAUGAUGAUGAUGAUGGUAAUAAUAAUAAUAAUCCUGGUGAUGGUGAUAAUGAAGAUGAAUUAAGCAAUGAGAUUGGAUUAGAGGCACAAAAUAUAUUAUUUAUUCAAAAUGAGUUGUCUAGACCUUUAACCUUUUAUAGUAUACUCAAACGAUUAUUAUUUUUAUGUAUAUUAUAUUUAUUCCCUGUAUCAUUGGUACUUGUUAUUGCAUUGGCAAUGGAUUGGAAACAUGGGUGUGAUGAACCAUUGCACAAUUGGUCGAUUGGACAAGUGGUCAUUCAGACUGGUCUUGUUUUAAACUUUUUAUUCCUUCUUUUGAAGCUACCCACUCAGGAUGACAAUGGACAACCAUCACCAGAGGUGGCUCGUGUCCAAUUAAUAUUUAGAAACCUUCACAAUGUACUCAGUUGUUCUUGGAUCACUUGGUUCAUCGUUGGCAUAGUUUGUACUUUUAAAGCUCGUGCUCAUGAUACUUGUACAUCAUCAGCACCAUAUUUAUUUUGGGUAUCAUAUUCUGUAGUUAUUUUUCAAAUAGUGAUAGCAUCAUUGGCAAUGUUAUUCUGUUGUUGUUCUUGUAUAUUUUCAUUGAUGAGGUUGGGUGUACAUAUAGAGAUGGUUCAGGCGGCUGGAGGAGGGGGUGCAGCCGGUGGAAUGGGAGACAGUCGUGGAGCGACCGAUACAAUGCUUCGCAAGUUGUCCACUAAAAAGUUCAAGACUGGCGUCCUGCCAAACGACGAUUGCAGCUGUGCCAUCUGUCUCACCGACUAUGUCGACGGUGAAAAGAUUAGAAUCCUUCCAUGCAAACAUCACUAUCAUCUCAAUUGUAUCGAUCGUUGGCUCAUUCAAAACAAGUCAUGUCCGUUUUGUAAACGUGAUAUUGAUACUACUCCUACUCCAACAACAACUCCUGCUACUUCAUCCAAUAAUAAUAAUAAUAAUCCGACAAGUGUUGAUCAACAACAACAACAACAAGAUGGAGAUGGUAUAGAAAUGACUACACUAGUUCAAACUUAUGAUAGUCAAAUGAAAGGUGUGACGAGUCGAAACAAACAAACAGAUCCAUUCAAAUUCAUUUUACAACAAGUAGCUAGAGACAAAGAGAGAAAGAGACAGAAUAGAAGGAGAGAGAUGGAUAGUAAUAACAAAGAUGUAUCAUCAAUACCAAUAAUAGAUUUAUACCACCAUUUGAAUAAACAUAGAUAUCUACACUCGGAUUGUAUAUUGAGUGCAAUAAGAGGAUUACGGAAUGGUAUCUUGACAGGUGUAAGAAUUAGAAUACCUUAUAUAUUUCAAGCUGUCAUUUAUGCUGCUAUAUUUAGAGAUCCAAAAUUAACAUCAAGAGUAAAAUUUGUAAUUAAACAAAUGUUCUUUCAUGGUAGAAAUCUUGGAUUGUUUGUUGGCAUUUAUAAGAGUAUUUGUUGUAUAUUUCGAAAUAUUGGUAUCAAGGGAGGCAUUGAUUCAUUGGUUGCCGGUUUCAUUGGUGGUUAUGUAGCAUUUGGAGACAGCAAGUCUACGAGUGGCAGUGUCAAUAAUCAAAUCGUUCUAUACCUCUUUGCACGUGCAUUGAUUGGUAUCAUCCAGAGUGGAGUAAAACGUAAUAUCAUUCCACAACAACUUUCAACUACAACUCCACAAGGUUUUAGAAUAUUUGCAGGUGUAACAUUAGCAUUGAUUUUAUAUUUAACAGAAUAUGAACCAGAUACAUUAAAUUCAUCAUUUAUGGGAACCAUGACAUAUCUAUAUCACAAAUCAGAUUCUGGGCCAAUGUUGCCUCAGGAAGAUAGAAAAUUCUCACCCAUCAUUCUUGUUAUUCUUAUUUCUAUAGCCACCAGUUGGAAAUUCCCACAAUUAUCACUGGAUAAUAUAUUGGCUAAAUUAAAAUUAUAA